GCAAGGUAGCUCCCAUUUGCUUUUGAGCCGUCUCCGAAACCUGCGGGCGCUUACAGACUGAAACUUGACCCUCCCCCGACUUCGGAAGGUUUGGCUGGGCGGGCUGGUUGUACGUGACCAAGGUUAAGUUUCACCUUUUCUCUCGCCGCCGCACCAACCAGGAAACGCCGAGAUUCCGUCGGAAGGACUCUCGGCUGGGAAGAGACAAAGCUGCGCCCGAUCCCUGGAAAAAAGUUCCCGUGAACUCCGGCGCGUUGCUGUGAACGUGUGGAGGCCCUUCAGCAGCUCUGGGAUCACCUUCGUGCCUUAUUUUGUGUUUCUAACCGAGUAACAAAAUUGUUGACUGAAUGUUCGCCAUUCAUCAAAUUGAAGCAGAAGCAAGUUCCACUUGUGGGUAACUUCAACAAAAUAGAAGAUGCCCCAUUCCGGGAAAUUUAAUCAAGACAGAGGCUACAUUCCCAGAGAGAAUCCCAAUUAUUUUGAUAAAAGAAGUAGGCCACCAAAUUCAUCAGGUGGACGGUUGUCGCAAGGAACAACUGAACAUUCAAGAUCUUCCUCGGCUUUUGCAGACCCAGAGCCGAACCAUCUGGGACCAAGGCAGGGCUAUGACAAUCCCCCGCCUCCCUACUAUCAUUCCAAAAAGACUUUUUCGGAGAAAUGUUCAAACCUGUGCUCCCGAAGAGGUGUCUUGCAGUUUAUCGAAGUCACAGUCAACAUUUUGGUGCUGAUCUGCAUAGGAGCAACCCAGGCGGGGAUCUCUGGUUUCACUUCUCUGGGAGGCCUAGGCUCUUUCAACAUUAACUCAUUCUAUAGUCCAUUUCAGGGGACUGAACUCCAAGAGGUGACUGAGCUGGACAUGCAGUACAGCCAGAUGAGAGCCCCUUGUGUUUAUGGAGGGGUAGCCUUCAGUCUGACAAUGAUGUGCCUAACGCUUCUGUUUCUCAUUAGUGGAGCAAAGCCUAUCCAUCGCCUUUCCCUUGGAUGGCUUGCCGCCGAGUGUCUCUUUGACAUCCUCGCCUGCCUUGGUUAUAUAGUAGCUGUUGGCCUCUAUCUCCACUUCGUCAUUCAAGUCAACGCCACGGAUGUGUGCCUGAAGAGAGAAAGACUAUACGCAAGGCGAGGUUACACCUCAAUGAAUUGCAGCGUGCAAGGCGGGGAUGCAUCCGUGGCCCUUUUCGGCCUGGUGGCUGCUUGCCUGUAUUUUGGAAGCUUGGUGGUCUGCAUUCUCACCAUUCGGGAGGUCCGGCAGUUUCAAAAGCAGCGGGACAACAGUCGUUAUAAUCUUGAGAGAACCUACAGGGAAGACAACCAUCCGAAACCCUACAGGAGCAAAGAAAACAUACACCCCGAAAGGACUUUUGGCACACUUGUGUAAUCUACACCAGGUAGCUCAAUGAAGCCAGACUUUAAAAAAAGAUAUAUAUUUUUUGCACAGACAAUAGUUGUAUAAUAUAAUAUCAAAGGUGUAUUUUAAAAGUUCUUCUUCCUAGCUAGGAACUUAGUUCUGUAGUUAGUUCCGUAACUAUCUUUUUGGAAAAAGGGAAGGAAUUGCAGAAAUGAUUUUCAGGGUUUUUUUUACCUGGAUAUAUGUUUUUUCAAUAAGUGCUCUUCUGUAUCAUUGUCUUAAGAUCUCACCCGGACGUGUCCCUGAAAUUACCCAAGAACUUAAAUUUGCCUUGAAGAUAUCUAACCGUAAAGAUAGUAAGAUAGUUAUUGCAAAGAGUGAAUAUGUGGAAGAUCAGUUGUUUUAAUUAUGUAUUGAUUAUACUAUUUGUAAAUGACCCAGAAAUCAGUUACUGGCUCCAGAUUGAAACUUAAUGGUGUUGACCCAUCAACAUCAUUAACACCAUAUUCAGAAAUUUCUUCUUUCUAAGUGCCUGACUGAAUAGGAAAUCUGGGCAUUAGUUCUCUAUCAUUUAAGUACAUUGAUAUAGUACAUCUUGCCUGCCUUUGUGCUCUUAAAGUGCCUGAGACAAAUCCCCAGCUAUGAUCUAGGCUUGUUAUUAGGUUAAACGCAGUUCUCACUAGUAAUUGAGACAGAUUUGGGGCUGGUAGAAUGCUCCGGCAUCUGAUCUGCUGAUUGCUUUGGCAAGGCUCCCAUGGCCCACU